UAGCCUAUCCCACUUCCUUGUUUACUGAGAAGACGUGCCCAGGUUCAGAUUUGCGGAAAGUUGUCAAAAGUUGAGUGAAGAUAAAUUUUUAAGAUGUCUUCAGGUGAAUUGAGUGAUCUGGUACGGCGUUUGGAAGAUGUAACUACACGUCUAGAGAGUGUAUCUUUGAAGACAACAGGCGACGUGGCUGUGGUCGAUUCUCCAGGUAUCAAUGAAUCCAUCAAUAAUAUUGCAAAACGCCUGCAGAAUGUGGCUGGUGGUGAAAGCAAAGGAGUUUCAGGUAAAGCAAGUGUGGCCUCUGUGGAAGCAUAUGAUGAUCUAAUAAGCGGAUCCCUGGAUGUAUAUCUUAAGCUGAGUGCAGACAUUGGUGGAGAAGUCAAAGAACAUUCUGUCAUGGUUGCUGCAGCCUUCAAAACGCAAAGAGAUUUUGUUGUUCAAGUCAGUAAAUGCAAAGAACCCAAACAGGAAAUAUUUCUUGGCAUGUUGCAACCAAUGUCGAAUCACAUUCAAGCAAUUCAGCAGUACCGUGAAAAGAACAGAGCCAGUAAAAUGUUUAACCAUCUUUCUGCUGUCAGUGAAGGGAUACCGGCUCUUGGAUGGGUUGCCACGGCACCUAAACCAGCUCCAUAUGUAAAAGAAAUGUCUGAUGCUGCACAGUUCUACACUAAUAGGGUAUUGAAAGAUUAUAAAGAGACGGAUAAGCGACAUAUUGAGUGGGCCAAAUCAUUUUUGAAGAUAAUUACUGAUUUACAUGUUUAUGUUAAAACUCAUCAUAUUACCGGCCUCAGCUGGAAUGCAAAGGGUGAGGAUGCUACAGGACCUGUCGCUGCUUCUACUACCUCAGUUGGUGCAGGACCCCCACCACCACCUCCUCCGCCCCCAGCUGACUUUGCUACUAGUAGUGGAGGAGCUGCUGAUGCCGCUGAUGACUCUAAGAUUCGAUCUGCUUUAUUUAGUGAUCUCAACAAAGGCUCUGAUAUAACCUCUGGCCUAAAAAAAGUGACACCAGACAUGCAAACCCACAAGAAUCCAGCAUUGAAGAAACAGCAAAAAGGUUACUUCAAGGGUCCAACACCCUAUAAGGCACCAACCCAUUCAUCAGUACAGCCACCAUCACGGGAAAAGGUGCCUCCACCUGUUGCUAAGAAACCAGCUGCCAAGAAACCACCAAAGCUUGAGUUAUCUGGGAGCAAGUGGGAAGUGGAAUUUCAUGAAGGCAAUAAAAAUAUUGUGAUUGAGACCACAGCUAUAAAACAAGUUGUCUACAUAUACAAAUGUAAUGAUUGUACAAUUCAAAUCAAGGGAAAACUCAAUUCUAUCACUCUGGAUUCCUGUAAAAAGACUGGCUUAGCAUUUGAUUCCUUGGUAUCAACCCUAGACUUGGUGAAUUGUCAAAGUAUUCAGGCUCAGGUAAGACCUUUGGUGAAUUGUCUGAAUCUGGUCCUUAUAUAG